AUGACACUCUUUUCAUCAAUUUCAUCAAUUUCAAAUCCAAUGACAAGUUCAAAAUCCAGUAUAUCAUCAUUUGGUAGUGGAACAAGUAUGGGUUCAAAUACAGUUGCAUGUGGAGGUGGUUGUGGUGGAAGUGGUGGUAUUCUUGGUUUAGGAUUAGGUUUAGGAUUAGGUUUAGAUUUAACUGGUGGUUCUAGAUCAAGAGGUGCAUGUGGUGGUAAUGGUGGAAACCGUGGUAAUGGUAAUGGAGGUAUGGGUGGAGGAAAUGGCCCAUGUUGUGGAGGUUGUUGUUGUGGUAUUUAA